AUGGAAAGACAGUAUUUGACCGACCAGAAGCCGGAAUUCAUCAAACGGGUGAGUUAUUUAUAUUGUAGUAGGUUUGAUUUUUAGGCCAUGCGAUGCAGAUGCCCGACGGUAAUGAUGGUGGUAAUGACUUGUUCCGCUUCGACGCAAUCAACCCGACCCUUUCUUCCAAUCGUCGACUUGGAUCAGCGCAAGAAACGGCCGUUCUAUGGAGUUAAAAGCGACGUGGUCAAGGUUUGCUAUGACUGCAAUUUGACUUAAAUUGUGUUUUUACAAACGGUUUAUUCGAAUAAAUUUUGUAAAUAGCAGUAUUUGUUUGAGUUUUUGAUAAAUUAUCCAUCAGAAAUAUUUGAUUUACCUAACAUCAAAAAUUUUUGAUGUGCCCCACAUCAAAAAAAAAUAUCGUAUUUUUUUUCUUUUUGAUGAAACGAAACAUCAAAAAAACUUUUUUUGAUGUUUUCAUCAAACUCUAAUAGACUGAUGAAAAACAUCAAAAAUAUAUGAUGUUUUUUAUUUCAGUGUUGAAUGUAUUGGAUAUACGAUGAAGCAGGGAAGUAUGAUAAAUCAUCGAUUUUUAUAUUAGAAAAAUGUGUUGCAUGUGAUUUGUUUUUCGACGUUUCGGGUCAACACGAAAUUGAUCGAUACAACGAAGCCUAGGACAGGCGGAGACCCAGAAAUCAAUAAUAGGAAAUGCCUAUGAGGCAUCGAAAAGACGUUGGAUGCUCGGCGGACGGUCGGCAAAGGCUCGGCGGAGACUUGGAAAAGACGGCGAUUCAACUUUUCGGGUCAGCGAACAGUUCCGAUUUCGAUACUACGGAUAUCGUUGGUUUGUCGUUUUAUGCAUGGGGGAGGCUAGGAGAUGGCUUAUUGUUAGUUAUCAGAAAAAAUAGGAUUGAUCGAAAUCUAGGAUAGCUUAUCAGCUAUUAACUACAUUCAGUCACGUUAAAAAUAAAUGAUUUUUUAUAUGUUACAACAACUCACAGUAAGGGAAACUAACGUUAGUAAUAACUAAAAUUAGAUAAAGUGGAAAUAUUGCAAGCCCACGCCAAUUCUCUGCCAAGCCCUCAUCGAGCGUCCGCCGACCAUCAACCGCUUUUCAGGCCUCGUAGGCACUUCCUACAACCUUUUUUGGCAACUUGUCCUACACCCCGUAUCGAUCUCUUCUAUCAGUCUGUCGGAAAAAUAACGACGGAUCGUCGCAUCAAGAUGUCUAGCCUCGCCGCUGUCGCGCACCAAAUCCCAAGCCGCGGCUUGCAGUUGCAAAGCGAUGAUGGGCGAUUCCGAGGCGCGACGAUCCGCCGUUUUUUUCCCGACAGACCGAUAUAUUGACCCGAGCUGCCGUUGACCCAAAAAGUCCUAGCGCCAUUUAUUUAUUGCUUUCCAAAUGAUUGCAAAAUAUCUAUCGAUUUUAAAUCAAAGUUUUCCACUUUGAUUUUCAAGUCUAUCCGAUCUAAACUUUGAUUUGCAAUCAUUCCCUUUCGAUUCUUCGUCCUUGAUUUUGUAAUUUUAGCCAAUUUUCCUGACAAACAUUAGAAAACUUUAGAGUUUUCUCUUCCAUCGAUGAAAGUCGGAGGUGUAAAGUCAUAAAACCUCCCUCUGCUUUCUUUUUUCUUUGUUUUCGACAAACCAAAAACAAAACAUUUGACGAUUUGAGUCAAAAAAUUGUUCGUCGAACUUCCAUCGACCAAAAAAAGGUCGUUGUUUUUCGUCGUAAAAAGUGGUGGUGAGUUCAAAGUUGAAGCGAUAAGACAACAAAUUAGUAUUUUUCUCCGAAUUUUUUUGAGAAUGAUGAAAUUCGAUUAAAUCUUGCGUAAUUUGAUCAGUUUACUGUACCGCAGUAAGAAUCGAUUCGAUUGGCUAGUCGAUUUCUCUGAGAUAAAAACUACUUCCUUGAGCAAUAAAUCGCUUAGAAAUAGUUCGUCCCCGGUACUUUGGAGGGCUGGAAUUUCAAGGGAAUCGAAGCAAAAUGGAAAUGGAAAGUUAAAAUGACAAAUUAAUCUUCUGUAAACUGUAUGACGGAUGAGUUCCCAAGGAAUUCGAUGUGUUUACAGUCGAUAAAGCAAAUUUUCAAUCCAUCAAUUUGUUGAGAAAAUUUGGACAAACUGUGAGUCAGUAAUGAAUAAAAUGCUUUUUGAUGACUAAUCAGAAAAGUCAUUGAAUUUAGUUUAGGUGGCCACAUAGUGACCCCAGAAAAUUUUAGCCCAAAAUUUGCAGCUAUAGCCGAGCUAUCCAACAAUCUUUGUUGACAAGAGAGCGCGGAAGACGAGGAGGGAUGAGAAGACGUGUUUCGACCAGAAAUUUGUCAAUUUUGCGAGGAAGUUUUUGUUGAAAUAGUGCUCAAUACAAUAUAGCAUGAAGGCAGUUUUCCUUCAUGUCAAUGAUAUCGAAAUUUCGACAAUAUUUUGACAUGAGUUUUGCAAGCGCUUUGCUGUAAAAAACGGCCGAGAUUAUUAGGCCCAAGUUUUGCAAAUUUUUGGCAUUUCUUUUCAAGGGAAAGUUUGGAAAGUUAACAUUCCUAACCGUCUGUUAAACAGUAAUCAUUCACUGAGCCAAGGUUUCCGCUAGGAAACGGAGAUAAAACAUUUUUCUUUCUGACAGCUCUCCCGAUUAUUUGUACCCUCUCUCUCUUGUAAAAAUUGUUGGAUAUUUGGGCUAUCUAUGCCAAGUGCAGGCGCAGUAUUCCAUGGAAAACAAGAUUUCUAGGCCACUUUUCGGCUUGAACCGUCUUUUCUUUGUUUUUUAAUUGUCAGUACAACAAUGUCCCAUAUACAAUGAGGCCUGUCCAUAACGAACAAAUUUAACGGCCUUACAGAUCAAUUAAAAAAAAGCUUAAACGAUUAUAUGUGUAUGCAGAUGUUCCUUUCGUUGCACGGAGAACCUUGCAAUUCCUGAGCGUUUGAAGCCACUGCCAAACCAAGACUCUCCAAAGUUUUGUCACCGCCAAACGCCUUGCUCCCCUGAAGUUUCGAGCCAUUCCUUCCGCAGGCCUUGAUCGAUCACUCGACCCUGUUUUUCCCACGUCUUACCCAUCAGACUCCCACCCGAUGAAAUUUGUUAUUUCAUCGACAAAGAUGUGGAACAUUGACGAAUUUCCAUCAAUCAGCGGUCAGAGUUGAGAAAGAAGGCAAACGGAAAGGGGAAUCGUUCAGGGCGAAAAGUUUAUGGCUUCAAGAUAAAAAUGGUAACAAUAAUAUGUGCUGCGUAGUGUAAUGUUGCUGUUUUUAGGCUUGAUCAUAUGAGGGUUUAUGUGAUGGAGAGGUUCUUGUGAUAUCGUAGAAUGUGCUUUAGUGGUUUUAUGACAAAACUUGUGGUUUUUAUCAACAAAUUUCGACGUUUUUGGGUGUUAUGGCCGCACUGUGGCAUUCAGGUCUUGAUGAAGCCUGGAAAAAAUUUGGAGUCAAUUUUUCCAAGGCACGAGGGAUUGCUCUAGCUCUUGCUUCCACGGAAUCGACCAGAAAUUUCUAACUCUCUAAACUCUCAUCUAAGAAAUGGAGAAAACGAUGAGAACUCAAAAAACGCCCAAUUUUCGCUCCAUUCUACCUAAACCAUUCAAUUUUCACUGCAAGGCGGAAGCUAGAGAUCUCGCAUAUACCCUAAAAACUAUUAGUUUUAAUUUGGACCGAGCUGCUUCAAAUUCUGGCCAUCUCAUUUUGAGGGUUUCCUAACAGAAUCGCAAAAGUUUCCAACGCCGAAAAGAAUACAUAAAUAAUACCGUAUGAAUCCUGAAGAAUCUAUAUGAAAGACUAAGCCUAAGCCUGAGCUAGGCCUCCGCGCUUGGUCACCGUACCCAUUUUUAGCACUUUCCCUGCAACGCUAAAAAGUUUAAUUUCGAAAAAAUUUUGUUGAAAUCCCAAAACACACCGCAAGUUGAAAAUAAAAACAAAAAACAUCCUCCACAUUCACAUGAUUCCCAUCACCAUACGGUAACAAACACCUUCACGACUUUCUAGAUGCUACUAAUUGAAGAAGUUUCCCCAAGAAUCGGAGAGAAUUAAACUCCAUCCGAUCGACUGUCGAUCACAGCCGCCGGGCAAGGUCGAGAAGGGUGUUCCAAGCGAUAAAAACGUCGACUGUUGACGAGUUCAUCGACGCAGAUCAAAGUGGAAAGACAAAUGGGGAAAUUUUGGGAAACGUUCCGACGCUGAGCGGGCGUUACGGAAGGGUGGUGAGGAAUACAGUUAUUAGUGGUUUUGAGACGGUUCGGGCAGGUUGACGGCUGUUGUGAUAUGUAUUUUAUAUUGGGGGAGGCUGAUGGUUGUUUAGAUUCGUUUACUUUUUGGGUUGAUUUGUGGGUUUGAUUGAAUCGUUUGGCUUGGCCUUUAUGGUAGUUUGGCUAUAUUUUUGUAGGUUUAAUGACCUUGAACAUAAAAUUAGGAGCGUCCAGAGCACGAUGCUCCGGUAGUAACUGCCUCUGUAAACAAAAUUCUAAAGAAAUUCAGCAGAGACGGUGAGAAAAGCGGACUGUAAUAUCUCCCUAUGAUUUCCUGGGGCAACAAAAAUCGAAGAACAUCUUGAUUGCGUCUACAAAGCAUGAGCUAAAACUUGAAGUAACUGGUACUUGACCUAUGUACAAUGCGUGGGAAAAAUAAAAGAAAUAUCUAGGAUUCGUACAGGUGAGCAUAAGCGAUCUCUGUUUGCCUCAAAGAUAUAUCCGUAUGUUACGCUCCCUGCAAAUCCCGAGCCAAAAUUUUCGAAAGUCCGUUGCUAUCUAGGCGCAAUUCAUCUACAAAAUUUGUCAAAAAUAUGUCUCUAACAGCCCUUUCUAAGACCUGUCUGUUCAAUACCGAUUGUCUGCAGAGUUGUGGAGGAUCUAUAUUUAUCUUCUUCAGACGUUUAUCCAUGACCACGUGUGUUCUCAUGUUUUACGAUCGGAUGUCCUUUCAUGGAAGACACAAAGAGUCUAUUUGUCUCUAAUCCUUAGGUAUACAUGGUUAUUUGCGUCUACAAGAUUCCAAAGGACUAUUUAAAAGCAGUCACUUUUGCUUUCUUGCUAGUUAACCGUAAGAUUCACAUUGCAAAAUUUCUGUUUUUUUGAAAUUUGGCGCUCUUGUGAGUUGUCGAUGACAUUGGAAACAUUUGUGUAAUAUUGUUAUCAACAAAAAGUUAGAAUUUUAACUACAAGUCGAUUGGCAAAGUCGCUGGAUUUCGCCGGCAUGCACUGUGCAAAUUGAAAAAGUUUGGUUUGCACCGUGCCAUAGGUUUUUUGGGCUGUCGCUUGAGGGCUUUUCGUUGUCUGGUUUUCACUUUGCAAACAACAGAAAUCACCCCACAGACUUUCCGGACUAACAAUAUUCUAUUAUUCCACUAUCACUCUGGAAACUAACGUCGAUUUGUCGCAGCAAGAUAUCUUGACUUACUGCAUUAGUCCUCUCUUGUGGCUGAACAUAGGCUUUUUUGGGCUAUCUCUCUGACUUUUUCUACACAGUCCAAACGCCAAAAAUUACUCCAGCGACGUUACGAUCGGACUCGUAUUUCUUUUAAGACUACAGAAACUCUUGGACGUCUUGAUUCGUUUUUCUUAUGAAUUCUCACGGUAAAAAUAAAAAAAAAUUACAAUUUCACAUCUUACCUUCCGAAGUGUAACGGGCUGUUCUUUCCAAUAAAUCUCUCAUUUUUUACAUUCUACUGUAUAAUUGUUGAGCAAUGUUUACAACAGUUUUUCCUUGAUUAAACUAAUUUCCCGGCAAUCGAACAAAACUCUUUUUUUUUUGGUCGCUCAAGGAGGUGAUUAAAGCUGGCAAGGUCAGAUUUAAAACCCUAAAGUUGAGAGUUGAAAAACGAAAGUUCGGGUUGUCCUUUGCGGUUAAUUUGUUUUUUCCCGCGUCCUGUAAAUAAUUCUCUACUGUAAAUGGAGGAGAAAAGGAUGGGUCAUGGGUCUCGACUUUGUGGUUUAGAAGGUUUUUGUGAUGAGAUAGGGCAGGGCAAAUAACGAGCGGGCUGAGUAAUGGGUCCAGGGUAAUUUAUGGGGAACGGUCAGGUUGCAAAUUCACAGAUCAAACAUGAAAAACUUCGUGUGUUACGGAAAUUGUAAGCAGUUUGCUUUAGGAAAACUUUUAUCGCCAUAUUUGCAAAAAAAUCAAUGCUACACGGCUUAGUACGAAUUUGUGGUGAAAAAUAAAAAAAAGGUCAAAGUAAGCCAGGAUUUUAGUGUCAAAGAGUAUCAAUGGCAAUGAGACACAUAUCUGUAAAUACCUGUUUUUAAAAUAGAAGAUCGCUGGGAUGUUUUUCGCAGCCUUUCGCGGGCCAAACAGAACCUGAUACAGAAAAUGUAGCCUUCUUAUGGCUUUACUGUGUAUAUUUUCUGUAGAACUAGAUCAGUUUGAUUUAGGAGAAGUUUUGCCAAUUUUACUCAUUAGAAAAAUUCGAGGUUGUACGGCUUGAAUUAAUGGCAACGAGACCUGUUUUUAAAGUAAAAAGUUGUCGGGAUACUUUUUGGAGCCUUCUGCGGAUCCUAAAAAAAACUGAUAAAGGAAAUGUAGCUUUCUUUCGGCUUCACUGUGCUUUCUUCGUGGCUCCGAUAUGAUUCGAGCGGCUUGAUGAUACGUUGUGACAUGAAAUGUUAGCUGAUCACAACCUUAGUCUCGACUGCAAGAAAUUCAGAGCUCGCUUUACAGAGGUAACCCGUCAAGCGGCCUUUGCUUCCAGAAGAGUACAUCAACACAAACCUAAGUUUAUGUAUGCGUCUAACAAUAAGAAAAGAUUUUGAGCAUUUCUCCCAUCAUCUUUGAGUAGCUUUCUAGCCUCAAACCCGCAGAAAUUUCCUCACUUUUCCUUUUGCAUGCAAAAAUGCGGGUUGAUCUUUUAAAAUCAACGAGACUUUCCGCAGAGACUUUGCGUAGACGCCGCGCCAAAGAUUUGCGUUUUUAAGGCAGAACGCAACUUGAAUUUAUGAGUUUACGAUAGCUAAAGGGACGUGGAUGAUCUCUUAGAACCAUUGACCUUUUAUAUUCGAUGAAUUUUCUACGGAAAAAUUUGCUUAUAUCCAAAUGAAAUUUGCAAACUGUUUUUUUCUGAAUUUGGAAAUUUCAAACGUUGUUAUUUUUAAUCACUUUUAUUAGGAUGACUCUAGUUUUGAUGUUUAUGAUUCAUUUGGCCGCUUUUAAAGUGUCUCUCAUAACUGGCCUUGGGCAGUGUUUUGAGGCCAUAUUAAGCGUCAUUGGUUGAGGCCUCUUCAUGAGGAUUACUCAGUUAGAUUUUUUUGGUUCUUUAAUAGCGAUUGUUAAAUCUAGAUGCUCCAUAUUUCAUCAAAGACUGUUCACGUUGAUAUUAAUCAAAUCGAUGUUGUGUUCGCACAGUGACGCCCAUGAUACGUUUUAAUUUUUCACGUGAAUUUCCCAUAGGGCAGAUAUAAAUUGUUCAAAAUUUUAGCUAGUAUUAUGGAAGGAGAGGCAAGGCAUAAAUCUGGAAAAUAGUGAUAUUCAGCAAUCUUUGACGAUGAGAGAAUAGGCGAUUCAGGAGUCGGAGAAAGAGCUGUCGGAGAAAACAAAGUUUUUGGGCCAUAUCUUCGCAAACACCGCCAACUUUUGUACAAUAACUGAAAUUCCUCCUGCAAAAUGCGGGUUAGAGGUGUUGCAAAUGUCAUAUACUAGUUUAAUGUACAUACAUCUACACCUAAGUCAGUGAAACUCGAAGUGUUUUAUCUCCAGAAUACUACCAGUUCGCUCCAAAUUUACCAGCUCUCCUCGUUUCGCAGUGUCAGGCCCACAAUGAUUUCUGAAUGUAUUGGCUGUGAUUGAGAAGCGAAAGCUAAAAAUUAUGCGCCGAUUAACGUUUUUAAAAAUGCGAUGACAUUUUUUGAGUCUACCCUUACCAACCCAUUGAUCUCAAAUCAGUUCAAAAAUUUGUUAUUUGCCAUUAUAUGUACAUUUCUCUCAUCUCUCUUUGAUACACAGCCGCCGCGACGUCCACCGCCGAUCAAUUGCCGCCAAUGUGAAACUUAUCUUUUUUAAUUUUCGACUUUAUUUGUACAUCUUUAACCCAAAAAGCAACGUUCUUCUUCAAGUCGCAAAUUCAAGGUAAGGGCUUUACACAAACGGCUGGGAACGACGUCUUCCGGGCGCUACCGUACCGCCAUUCUCCUUGGUCUUUCGACGACCUUAAGACGUUCGAUGGGAGGGAGGGCGGUAGUUCAAAGUGUAGAGACUCUCGAUUGAAACGUUUAGUUGUUGGGUUGGGACUUGGGUUGGGCUGUGCGUUCUUGGGAGUUGGACUUAAGGGUAAGGGAAUGGACUUGACGGCAUAGGAGGCGGUCAAAAUUUGAUGGUGAUUAUAAAGUGGAAAGAGAUCUAUGUUUUGCGCAGUGACUCCUACACAAAGGUCGUUGAAUUUCUCAACUGCCCUUGCAAAGUGCGAGCUAAAAUUUUUAAGUGCUGGUCAUCACUCAAACUUGAUGAAGCUAGCUAAAUUUUAAACUACGUAGUCUUGAAUUUUUACUUUAAACAAUUUGAUUUAAGAAGAAACCUUUAUACACUCUACACAUUCUAUGUAGGCAACUUUCCAUUCUUCCUUGUACCUGUUCCUACCAUAUCAACACUUUUGGCUUCCGUUCUCGCGUUCUUUGAUUCGUUAAUCCCCUAAAUCCGCUCUUUUAUCGCUUCUCAUCCCCCCAUUAUAACAUGUUUCUGUUCCAGGUUUCUUCAACUCUUCAACUCGCCCUGAGAACCGACAAAAAAUCUCGGAAGGAUUCGCCAACGCCCCUUUUCGGAAAUAUGUCGCCAAAUAAGGUGGCGGACAUUGUGAAAGAGCCCAAAUACGACACAUUCGCCAGCGUUCCCACCGACUCUUCAGGACCGCCGAGCGAGGACGACAACUACGCCGCCCAAUGCUACACGGACAUGAUUGAGGACACGAUGCGAGCGCCCAUGAAUCAGGAGCAGUACGACAAGAUCUACGGGUAUCGGAAGCCGGACCAUCCGCAUCCGGUGAUGGUGCGCAAGCUCCUGAAGUUCUCCAAACGCUACACCAGGCCGUUCCAGUCGCCCAUGGCGUUCCUGGACAUGAUUUUGAGUUUCGUGCCGUUCAUCAAAUGGUUCCCGCGUUAUCCGUGGUCCCAGAAUCUGGCUGCCGAUAUCAUCGGUGGCUGCACAAUGUCCGUGGUCCAGAUCCCGCAGGGCAUCGCAUACGCGGUUUUGGCCGGCCUGGAUCCAGUGGUUGGGCUGUACAUCUCAUUCUUUCCGCCGCUAUUCUACAUGUUUUUCGGAACCUCGAGACAUAACUCGGUUGGUGCCUUCGCUGUGGUCGCGCUAAUGUCUAGGGUGGCGAUCAAUCAGUACUCAACGUUGAAUCCGGCUAGUCAUGGGCUGAAUGGGACGAUGGCUGAUGAUGGAACGUUCUAUUAUCCGCCUGCGGUUGUGGGAUCAACUUUGGCGUUCACUGUGGGACUUGUUCACGUAAGUGCUGAAUAAAAAGGGAUGCAAUUCUCAGGGGGUGUAUCUCAAGGGCUAACGGAGAUAUACUCUUUAUAUCUGCCAUGCUUGUUGUCACUAGAGCACAUCAUAAUUUCUGAAGGUCUUAGCUUGCGCUUUGCAAAAAGAGCUGAGAUAAUGAACAAUCGUUGCUGAUGGAAGGUUGUAGAAAUUGAGGAAAAAGUCAUUUUUCGACCUAAAAAUGUUGAUGCAUUCCGCAUAUCACAAGUUAAAAAUCUUGUAUAAUCUCAGAAAAGCUCCAAAAUGUGUGCCAAACUUUACCAGUUUAUUCAUAAAGGCACUGGAGUAAUUUUUGGCAUUUGCAUUUUGCAGAAACAGUUAGGGUCCCAGCGGCAGCAACAGAAGAAUCCUAUCGUAAGUGCAAUGUAAAGUUUUGCUUUCGCGCAGUGCAGGUCGCAGAAAUCAGUUCAGCGACUUUGUCAACUCACUGGCAUCAAAAUAAAACAUAAAUAUAAGCUUUCCUAUCUGACUACUUCCACCUAAACAUCCUUUCCAAAUCUUUACAACACUGUUCUCCGAUCCACCUUCAAUUUUUAUCAUUUUCAGUUGGCUAUGGCGGUUCUUCGUCUCGAGUUCAUUUGCACCUACUUCUCGGACGCGGUGGUUAGCGGGUUCUCGACUGGCGCCGCCACGCACGUCUUCAUCACUCAGCUGAACGCGUUCUUUGGGUUAAAAGGGCUGCCGGAACGGAAUGGAGCCGGAAAUCUUUUGUGGGUAAGGUUUUUCGUGAUGUUCUUUUCAAUUUAUAAUAACUUUUGAUGUAAAAAAUAUUAUUUCUGCAUAACGCGAAGCAAAAAUGUAAAAAAAAUUCAAAAAUCCGAGAAGUUUGUAAAAAAAAUGUAAUUUUCUCUUGUUCAGAAGCUCAAUGACAUUAUCCACGCACUCCCAGUGAAGAUCAACUACGUUACAACAGUUGUGUCGGUAAUUGCAGUCGUAUUUUUGGUGGCUGGAAAGAACUAUAUCAACCCGUAUGUGGUCAAGAGAUUCCGCUUGCCCGUCCCAAUUCCAUUCGAAUUGCUGUUGAUCAUCUUCGUCACAGCGGCUUCAUUGGUGCUGAGAUUGAACCCGGACUACAAGGUUGCCAUUGUUGGAAGCUUGCCAAAGGGGUAAGUUUGUUUACAAGGGAAAUACCCCAAGUGCGAUGCUCAGAUUUUGAUGAAAUUUGGCUCAAAUUUAGAACGGGUUUUUCUGAGAUAUUAUAUGCGAGAAUCCUAGUUUGCACAUUGCAGAGACAACCGAGAUCUUUAGAUCAAAAGUUAUCGAAAAUUUGAGACUUUUUGCUGAAUUCCAGCACGAAAAAUUUCAUGUCUAUUUCUACCGUAGAGGGUAAUUUUGCCACAAAAAAUAAAAAAUUUUCGCGCGGAGCUGGCAAAGAUAUGGCCAAAAAGGGGUUUUCUCUGUGACCUCUCUCCGUUUUCCGUACUCUCUCGGCCGCAAGUACUGUUCAAUAUCUCGGCGGUCCUUGCAAACUGCGAGCUAAAAUUUUCAGGAAUUGAUAUGUUCUCCAUGUCUAAACUGUGUGCAAAAUCAUAAAAAAAUCUGAGCGUCCACUUGGGGUACUUCUGUAGACAGUAGCCUUCCUUAAUGUUGUUAAAAUACGACUUUGUAUUUAAGUACGACCCCUUUUUGUGCUCUAUUUCUAACAAUUCCCUUUCCAGAAUGCCAGACGCCCAUUUGCCGGCUUGGGAACUAAUCCCAAAGCUUCUUCCCUACGCUAUCUCCAUCUCCAUUGUCGUGGCUGCCAUUCACAUUUCCCUAGCCAAAAUGUACUCCAAGAAAUUCGGAUACAAAACCGACUCCGGCCAAGAAUUCUACGCCCUCGGAUUCACGGCGUUCCUCUCUUCGCUCUUCCCAUUAUAUCCGAUUUGCUGUUCGUUGGGGCGAACGGUCGUCAACGUGGAUGCGGGCACGAAGACGCAGUUCAGUUCGGUGUUUUCGAGCGCCAUUAUUGCAAUGCUUAUCUUCUUCAUUGGGCCCGCGCUGAGGACGCUCCCGAUGUGCAUUUUGGGCGUGAUUAUUAUGGUGGCGCUGACUGGGAUGUUCCGAAAAGCGGCCGAAUUGAAGACGCUAUGGCCGAUCAGCAAGUAUGACUUUGUAAGUGGGGAAAUUUGGAUCGAAUUGAGGGUUAAAAAUGGCGUUUUAAAACGAAAAUUUCGAAAUUUUGGAAAAAUUUGAGAUUUAAAAAAAAUCGAUUUUUUUCGGUGAAUUUUUGAUUUUUUGAAAAAAAAAUAUUUUUUUCAGAAUUUUUACAAAAAAAUCAAUCUUUUGAAAUUCGAAUUUUUUGAUUUUUUUUAAAAUUUUUCGCAACAAAAACAAUAAAAAAUAUUUUCCAGUUCACCUGGGUUGUCAGUUAUGUGGCUACCGUUUUCUGGGACGUGACUCCAGGCCUUGGAAUCGCCCUUUCGUUUGCUUUGAUGACCACGGUAUUCCGAACUCAAUGGCCCAAAUGGUUCCAGUUGAUGCAAUUGCAAGGAACUGAUGAGUUCAAUGCGAGAUACGAAAAGAUUAGUGACAAUAAUGUGAGUUUUGGGGGUUUUUGAUUUGAUUUGAAACAGGAGUGCCAAAAUUUUGAUUAUGGAUACUUUUUGAUAUUAAAUUUUGUGAUUAUUGAUGAUUUUUGACACCAAAUUUUUGAGCAUUGAUACUUUUUGAUACCAAAAUUUUAAUUACGGAUACUUUUUGAUACCAAAGUUUUUAUUAUGGAUACUUUUUAAUACCAUUUUUUGAAUACUUUUUGAUACUAAAUUUUGUCCUUUCUUCGCUAUAUGAAAAUUUUGGCCUCCAAAAUUUCAAUUCUCCCCAUUUUUGUCAUCAAUUCAACCUUCAAUUUCAGGGAGUCUGCAUUUUCCGUUUCGACGCGCCAAUCCUUUUCACCAACGUUGAGCGUUUCAAGAACUGCGUUGAGAAGGCCCUGAACCACUGGAAAGAAGAGAAACCCCGCUUGAUCGGGCCAGAAGACCUCCAAGUCAAGGUGGUGGACAAAAACAAGACAAUCGAGCAACUGAACGAAGUAAUUCGCGGCAAAACUCCGGAGGAGGAUUGGUUCAAGAACAUCGGCUAUCGGCACUUCAUCAUCGACUGCUCCGGCUUCACUUUCAUCGAUUACAUGGGCGUGAACGCGUUGAAGGAGAUUUACAGCGACCUGCACAAGCAGCACUGCUUGGUGUACUUUGCGGCCGCCAAAGCCCGCGUCCUGGACAUGUUCGAGGAGUGCGGAUUUUAUAAAUACGUCCCGAAAAGCAACUUCUACCCCACGUUGAGGGAUGCGGUGCAAAUUGCGAAGAAGAGGAGGACACAAGGUACCUUCUAUUUGUUGGACCAAAUCGGCGCUAAAUACGACCCGGUGGAGGAGCAGUUCAAUAUCCAUACAGUGACCUAG